AUGGAUCUCUUCCAGAAACUGCGGAAUAAAUCCAAGAAACACAAGGAUGCUCAAGACUCGUCUCAGACGCCGACCUCAUCUGAUAUCCCGGCUAGCACGAGCAUCGCCGCGUCACAUACCGUAGAUCAAAAUGUAGCCGUUGAUAACAAUGCAGUAUCUACAUCAGAGGUAUCAACGGCCCAGGCUGCGACCAGCGAACAACCAUCACAACCUCAAACGCAAGGUUCUAAGAUGGACAGGUGGCUCGCUCGAGUAGCUCUUGUACUAAACAUCACCAAAAGUGUUGCGGAUGCUGCAGAAUUUGCGCCACCAAGGGAGCCUGCGAGGCAGCUGUUACACUCUUGGAAGCUAUCCAGCACCCUUGUGGAAAUGAUUGCCAACGUAUGCGUAGAUUCCGGUGCCGACGAAUCCGAGUUGGAUAGGGGUGUCACUCUCAAAUUAUCGGUUCAACGCAUUGGUCAGACGAAGCUCGAAGCAGGGGUCAUCGCAGGCUAUGAGAAACGUCUGAAGGAUGCCGAAUGGCAAAUAAUGUCCUCCCUCAUGCUCUAUAUCACCGUCUCAGUAAACGCAUCGGCGGAUGCAGAGGUGUUAAACAAGCAACAGUGCAAGGAAUACACCCGUCCUCGCGAAUGCCAAACUGGUACGCGCAUUGAGAUAUUGGCCGAAUGUGCGGCGUGGGCCCGUAAUCCCUGCACAUCCAAUAUCUUGUGGAUCAAAGCAGCACCAGGAGCAGGGAAAUCGACCAUCGCGUCCAGUCUAGUCCGUGUCCUCGGGAUCAAGAUGCAGCGCCUAGGAUCAAGCUUCUUCUUUCGCCGUCAAGAAAGCGUCGUUGCCACUACGAGAGCGCUCUGGCGGAGCGUGGCGUACGAUCUCGCGCGCCAUCCCACUGUACGAAAACAUUUAGCCGAAAGGUUGACAAAGGAAGAGAUCGACCUAGCGACCCCAAACAUUGACCAACUCUUUCGCCAGUUGAUCGAGGAGCCGUUGUCGGGGAUCUCUAAUCUCCCUGUCGAACAAUCACCCGUGAUCAUAGUGGCUCGAAUGAUAGAACGGUGA